GUUGAUCUCAUUGAUUCUUCGUUCUUUCAAUGACCAAAAUGAGAUUGUUUUGUCUCUUCAGUAAAACUUCAAGAGUUAUUGGAAGAUGAGUGUACCGAAGCAAGACGACGACCAUAUUGGCGAUAGCGAGAGUACUCACACUCGCGUAUCAAACCAAGAUCCCGAAAAACAAUCCAAUACGGAAAUUGAAAUCCCAGAUGCUCCUUACUCAAGCUUCUCAUUAUGGCAGAAGCGUCUCAUUGUUCUGGCUGCUGCUUCAACGGCCCUCUUUUCACCAAUGACAGCCCAGAUAUACUUCCCUGCCCUACCAGCUAUAGCCAAAGACUUGGGCGUGACCACAUCCCAGAUCAACCUUACUGUCACGACUUACAUGAUCUUCCAGGGUAUAACACCCAUGUUCAUUGGCUCACUAGCUGACAGUGGUGGAAGAAGACCUGCGUACCUGGUAUGCUUUACCAUUUACAUAGCAGCCAACAUUGGUCUCGCCCUGGCUCCUAGCUAUGGUGCUCUGUUGGGUCUUCGAUGUCUUCAAUCCGCUGGCUCUGCUAGCACUGUUGCGCUAUGCUUCGCUGUUGUGGCUGAUGUUGUCACCUCAGCCGAGAGAGGUCAGUACAUCGGUCUGACAGCUGUUCCAUCUGUGCUGGGUCCAUCGCUAGGUCCAAUUAUAGGUGGCGUGCUUGCCGAAUUUCUAGGUUGGAGGUCAAUUUUCUGGUUUCUCGCCAUAUUCGCCGGUGUAACCAUCGUUCUUCUCGCUUUGUUCUACCCAGAAACAUGCCGCGAGAUCGUCGGAGAUGGCUCUAUCAAAGCGCCUUUGGUGUACCGUUCAGUAUGGCAGAUUCUUGUAUCCCGACGGAAGCGGUCUGGGUCGGAGAAGAACGGAUUGAGUCGGCAAGGCUCACGAGCUUCGACCGUCAAGAAGUUCAAAUUCAAAUUUCCCAAUGUCCUCGACUCGAUUUUGAUGUUGUUUGAGAAGGAAACCGGUUUCCUUCUCGGCUUCAGCAGUAUCUGCUUCGCAGGCUUCUACUGCAUAGCCACCGCCAUGCCCACCCUAUUCAAGGAGAUAUAUGGCUACAACGAACUUGAGAUCGGACUGACAUUCCUCCCUAUGGCAGCUGGAUCAGUCAUUGCAGCGUUCAUCGUGGGUACUUUUACAAAUCGCAACUUCAAGCGACAUUGCGAGAAGCAGGGCAUACCAUACGAGCGAAGUAAGCAACUAGAUCUAUCCGGCUUUCCUAUUGAGCGUGCUCGUCUGGAAAUCGGCUUUCCUCUCUUAAUGCUCGCGGCUGCUACGCUCGUCUGUUGGGGAUGGGCCGUUCACGCCCGGGCUCAUAUUGCUGUCCCGUGUGUGCUGAGUGGAAUCUUGGGCGUAGGAGUCGUUGGUUUCAACAAUACAGUCAAUUCGCUGCUGAUUGAUAUCCAUCCCAGGAAGGCUGGCACGGCGAGCGCAGCCAAUAACUUGACGCGAUGUUUGGUUGGCGCGGGAGCCAGCGCAGCAAUUGUGCCCAUGAUUGAUGCUAUGGGUACUGGCUGGGCUUUCACUCUCGUUGGAGGACUCUAUGUCCUUGGGUGUCCUAUUUUGAUUACUGUCAUGGUUCGUGGGGUUAAAUGGCGCGAGGAGUUGAGAGUGAAAGAAGAGAAGAAACAAAAGGCCAAGGAAGCCCAAGAGUGAAGUCGAAUAGAGUUUACUUACUAGGUAAUAAGCAACAAGCACCCAAUGCAGGGAUCUGAUACAAUAUAAGGUAGAGCCUCGAUCAGAAUGGUUAGCAACACGAGGCAAAUUGUAAUAGAAUAAUUAAUUUUAAUUUUAAGGGUCAAA